UGGAUAUAAUCCCAGAGUUGACCCAGAAAACAAACUCCUGACUGCCGAGCGAGAGCGCCCCUUCGCCGCGGUUAGACGAGAGCACCGCUUCACUCACGGCGGCCAGACUGGACUGUAUGUGUCGGUGGACUCGGCGUCGACUGGAAGUAAUCCGACCAUCCAAUUUCGGAGUGCUCAACUCGCUCAACUUCUGAAUAGGGAUAUUUCGGACCAACUCAAGACAUGGCCGAGCACAUGAUGAUGCCCAUGACCCACGGCUCCGCCGGCGGGGGCUUCCACGGCUUCCGAAUGGGCAUGAACGGCCCCUCGCAGCUGGGGGUGGGCCAGCCCGGGCUUCGCGGGGUCCCCAACGGCCAGUUGGUGCACUACGGCCGGGGGCCCCAGAACCCCAUGGAGGCGGCCAUGCGGCAGCGGCCCGGCAUGGUGGGCGCGGGGUCCAUGAACGGACAGGUGCCCGGCCCCCCCAUGGCCAACCACCCCCACGCCCAUCACCACCAGCAGCAGCAGCAGCAGCAGCAGCAGCAGCAGCAGGCCCACCACCACCACCACCAUAUGAUGUCUGGGAACAUGAUGUACAACGGGCAGUCCCAGCAACAGCAGCAGCAGCACCACCACAUGCACCCCCAGCAGCAGCAGCAGCAGCAGCAGCAGCAGCAGGGGGGGCACCCACAGCAGUACAUCCAGGGCACCCUCACCUCCCAGCAGCUCAUGGCGAGCAUGCACCUGCAGAAACUCAACACCCAGUACCACGGACACCCGCUGGCCUCCAACGGCCACCACCUGCCCAACGGCGCGCAGUACCGCGUGGGGCCCGGCCAGCUGGCGGGCAUGCAGCACAUGGGCGGGCCCCUGGUGCCCAGCGGCAUGGACAUGGACCUUAUCGACGAGGAGGUGCUGACGUCGCUGGUGCUGGAGCUGGGGCUGGACCGCGUGCAGGAGCUGCCCGAGCUCUUCCUGGGACAGAACGAGUUUGACUUCCUGUCAGACUUUGUGUGCAAACAGCAGCAGACCAGCACCGUCAGCUGUUGAGCUCUCCCCCCCCCCCCCCCCCCCCCGUAACGGACCACCGCGAGUCGAGGACCCCGCCCGGGCCCCGGGUUUCAGGCUGAGCCAUAAGGGGACAUCGGGGCCCGCGAGUUUGGGUGGGGGUGGGCCGUGGUAGCACAGCAAAAAGGAGACAAUCUCUCUGUAUAUCUGUGUGGGUGUUUUUUCGGUGUCUAUGUGUUUUUUGGCGGUCUCUGGCAGACCGACCCUGCGUACGAACGCGUACGUACUUACCGCGCACUGGCCUGCCUGUAAAACUCGCCGCAAAGACUUUUAAGAAAACGACGGAAGAAAAACUGAAAAAAACGCCUGGGUUUUUAUCCUUCCACGGUGAUCCAGAACCUGUGUGAGAAUCUGCUGUAUGCGGCCAAAUUACUGUGGGGGGGGAAGAGGGACAUCGUGGCGCCAUGGGGCCCUCACCACGGGGCCCUUCUUGCCCCGCAGCACCUGUGCCUGCAGUGUCCAGGCUGCUGCAACACGAUUGUAACAGAGCGGGUUGGUGGGGGCUGGUGGGGGUUGGGGGGGGGGCACUGUCAAAAGACAAUCCAUCCUGGUCUUCUAGAUUCUAUUUAUCUAUUAAUAUAUUUUACCGACGCUGACGACGUUACCAAAACUAAAGUUUAUAAGCGGCAGCGGCGGUCGUCUUCAUCCUCAUGAGAUCGGCCGAGACAUGUGACCCACGGACGAAGGGAUCCGAGAGAGACGGAAGGUUGCAUCUUUUUCCGGCCUGAUUUCUGUGUCUGUAUGAAACUGCUUGUUGUCUCUACACAUCCAUAAAACACUGGGGGGGGGGGGGAUAUAAAUUAGAGAAUGGGGGAGGUGGUCCCACAGCAUUCCAUUACACCUGGCGAUUUCCCCCAAUCACUUUGGUCCAAAGAAACGUGCUACCAUUUUUUUUCUUCCUCCAGUUCAAUGAAGGCGUAAACCAUUAAAAUGUAAAAAGGUUCCCGUUCGUUGUGUGCACAUCACUCAUGUAGCGUCUCUUGCCCACCACUAAGUUCACCCCAGUUAAAGCCUCUGCUUUAAAGAUUGUCUCACUCAAACAAGAAUCUGUGGGAGGGACGAGAACUAAAGUAAGAGCGAAUAAGUAUUACAUUGAAAGAAGACAGGCGCGACGAGGUGCAGAGAGUGACACACGAGACACAUUAACUCGAAUGCGGCUCUCUUUGAGGGGGAGAAGUGCAUGGGCGACCUUCGAAGGAGCCACGAGCCAGUGAUUGUAGCCGCCCGCAUUCUUGUACUUGACUUGUUAGCAUUCCUGUACCGUCAGCGGAUCGAAGCGUUUCCAAGUCAGCGGAUGCAGUCCUCUUCCCCUCCUCCCAGCAGCCAGUCCCCUUAGCACCCCCAGCCCUCCGCUGAACGGGGAAACGCACUCGCUUUUUCGAUGGCCGCCAUUUUUGAAGUUACAGGGGACCCCCACCCCAAAUACGACCGAUCGCCGGUCGAGUUUCCCCCUCGUGGCGUCCGUGCUGAGCGCACCACGCCACCCUCCUAUAGAUUUGCUUACGCGGCUGCUUUUCCCAACGAUAAGAUUUAAAUUACAUGUCCGUACACGGUUGUCUUAAUUGAGGUCGGCCCGCAUCGUCUCCAAUGACUUAAUAAUUAUAAAACGGACAUGUUCUGUGGAGCAUUGCUUUUUUUUCCUCGCCCCUUUCCGCAUAGUUUGUAAUUACUUUCUCUCUCUCUCCCUCUUUUUCUUGCUCUCUCUCUCGCUCCCUUUCUCGGUCAAGGUCGCCAUUUUUGCAGCUUCUGGCUGAUUUUCCCUUUUUUUUUUUGUGCGUGUCAUGUGGGCAAGGCUGAACAUGGAAUACUUUCCUGCGCUCGUGCUGCUAUCUUAUUUUCGCUGCGUCGUUGUCGGGAGAGUCGAUGGCUUGUUGGCUGUGUCGGGGGUGAUGACAGCAGAACAGCUCUCUCUGUUCCACUGAAAUCCCUGCAGUAUGUGGCCUGGCCCCCUCCCCCCAUUCCUCAUCACCUCACUGGAAAUUCUCUCCCCCCCCCCCGCCACCCAGCCUCACCCUCCCCCUCCCCUCCUAGUAGGUUCUCACCUCAAACAAUUGGCCCAGCAAGGUCAGUUACUUUGAGGACUGGCUAGAAGAUGUAAGCGGAGCAACUUUAAACCACAGGCGAUUUUUAUGUUUUAUUCCCCCCCGAGCCCCCCUGCAUAUUUAAAUCGAUGAACUUCUUCCUUUGGCCUUAGUGAGAUAGUGGCCUCGGAAGGUGCGCUAUAUCAAUAAGAGAAGCCUUCUUGUGUAAUCGUAUCUCUGUACUGUAGACUAGAGGUGAACAAUCGACCUAGAUGCAUUUUAAGGAUACUUUCGAGAAACAUUGUCAAGAUAUAAAUGUAACAAACAGCAGAUUUUCCUCUUUUUUUUUUGUAAGUGUUGAGAA